AUGACUUUUAUGGGGGUUAAAAGGGAGAACGAUCAAACAUGUGGAGAUGUUUUUUCUGCUUUUGAUCCCAUCGCCGCUCUAGGACUUUUACAUCACCAUCGGAUCAAAACCACUAGGACUUUGGUAAUGGUUUUGGUUCUCGAUGGUGCUGCGGUGUUCAUCGGCUGGAAAGUGAGGCUUUCCAAUAUAACCCUACAAAAAAGAUACGCUUUCUUCAUCAUCCUUUCUAUUCUUAGGCUUUCUUCUUCAUCUAGGGUUUUUGUGAGUUUUGUUUUCUAUGUAGGUUAUUCUACAUUGCAAGUGUCUGUGUGA